AUGAGAGAAAUCAAAGUUUUACUUCGUCUAAGCUCAAAUUCAGUGUUUUUGCUCUUUAUGCUGCUAAUCUCAUCUUAUUCUCUCGAUGUAAUAAUUUUUACUCAGACAUUAUCAUUUAAGGAGGCUUGAGAGAAUAAUAUUUUAAUCCCUGAAUUAGUUACACCUCGAUUCACAUAUAAUAGACAAGAAACAAUAUAUUUUCUUUCUAGUCUAGAAGACCCGAAAAUUUUGAUUGACUUAGCUGAUAAUAUAGCUGACCAUUAUAUGCUCUCAAGGGAAUGUGAAGAGCUCAAAGUUCCUCAUAUCGUAAUUGAAGACAAUUUAAAAUAUUAUAAAUCUUGAACAUACUCAGCCAUCUCUUCAAGAAAUAGUUACGAAAGCUCGCUAUAUAAUAUUCUUAAUUUUUUCAACUGAAGCGAAGGUUUUGUUUUUAAUUCAAAAAAGAAUUCAUUUCUUCAAGAGUUCAUUCUCAAUCUUUCAAGCAAUUUUACUAGUGCCAUAAUUGAAGAGAACUCAAGUAUAAAUAAGAUUAUAUCUUAUAUUGUAGCCCCAUCUGGAAAAAGUUUGUUUUAUUUAUUUACAGAUUCUAAUGACUCUGUAGUCUUGCAGGAAGCCCUUAUUUCAAGUAAGCUGAUAAUAUCAGGAAAUGGAAUAUUGUUAGGAAAGGAAAGUUACUAUAACAUAAUUAUAAAUGGAGCCUUAGCCAUUGUUGAACAAGGGCAAGAAUAUUCAAAAUCCGAUGAAGAUUUUAUCAUCAACGCAAUAGACUUUGUCAUUUCAAUGCUUGAUGGCCCCUCAAUAGCAAACUCCUUUGAUAUGAAGAAAGUCCUCGAUACUUCAUGCACCUCACAUUACUGCAAAGCUCAGUUUUCUUUAAUAAAUGUUCAAUAUGGGGAAAGAAUUAUUGUUGGAAGUUUUAGUUCCUCAAACAUCUAUAUCACAAAGCCAAUCAUUUUUCUAGGAAAUUCAUCAGCUGUCCCAGUUUCAGCGAAAAAGACUUUACCUAUAAGCAUAAAUGCUGGCUCAACAAACUAUGGCAGUGCAUCUGAUUUAAAUGUGCCCAUUUAUGCUCGAGGUGCUUCAUUAGUGAUUUCAAUGGUAAACGAAGGCUUGCUCGAUAUUCUUGAAAAUUUCCAAUUAAGUUUAUUCUUUUUUGACUGUGGAGCAACUUCUUAUGAUUCUGCUUAUGGACUAUCAUGCUUCUCAAAGGGCAUAGAUAAGUUUGGUUUAGGCCAUAUUGCAUCUUUUCCGUCAUCCGUGGCAAUAGGAACAAUACAAACUUUUAAACUAUUAAACUUGACUCUUCCUAUAGUCGGAUCUUGCAAUUCAGCUCCAGGAUUGAACUCGACUGAGCUAUAUCCUUGGUAUACAAGAGUCCAACUCUCUGACUCUAUAUUGGCUUCAGAUAUGGCUCCUUUAAUCAAAAGCUUGGGUUGAAGCUCAGUUGCAGUUCUUUAUGGCAACGAAACUUAUGGAAUUUCAUGCUAUUUGUGAUUUAAAAAAUACGCAGAGAAAAAUGCUCUUAAUAUUGUGAAUCCUGAAUGAUCAAGAGUGAUUCCACCAGAGUUAACAAGAGAAGAAUCAACUAAUUAUAUAAACUCUCUUAAAGGAGUAUAUGACUCAAAUGCACGACUCAUUCUCAUAUUUUUGUACUCAGGCACAACAUUUGGUUACAUUUUAGAGCGUUUUUACGAUUUAGGAGCUCGAAAAGGUGAUCUAGUUUUUUUGACUACAGCAGGCGGAAUUAUGGUCGAAAUUGGAUUUAAAGAUGAAUAUUUAUAUAAGCGAUAUGAGGUCGGAGUACCAAUGAUGACUUUUCAAGGCUCAAUAUGGGUUGGAACAUUUGGGAAAAAGAUUUAUAAUAACCUUAAAGCUAAAUAUAAGGUGACGCCGAGUGAUUAUCAGUGCAAUUUCUUUGACUCGACCUAUCUCCUUUCAAAUGCAAUUAGCAGUAUGAUUAAUAGGGGUCUCGAUUAUACAGACCCGUACAAGUUAAACUCAACAAUAAGAAGCAUAAAAAUGGUUGGGUGCUUGGGGACUACGUCAAUAGCUCAUGGUAGCAAUGAUAAUGAGUUUAAUACAGUUACCAUUGAUGCUAAUCAAAUAAGCAAUGGCACACUAUCUGUAUAUCACAUAGGAUUGUUUAAUCCACUUGGUUCAAAGCUAUUGACUAUAGAUCAGCCAUUUAUAUAUGGUGACAAUUCUAUAGUUCAGCCUUCCGAAUUUAGAAAUUCUGCUAGUGAUUGCCCAUUUCCCGAUUCUAAAAUAAUCACUUUUUCAAAGGGAAGGAUUGUUAUAUUUUGCAUUGGCUUUGCUAUUGCACUAAUAACUGCAAUCAUUACUUACUAUAUUUGGAAAAAAUGGUGAGAUGUGAAAAUCGAGACCUUGAAUCAAAAACAAGAAAUUUCUGUUCAAGAUUUUGUAGUCGGCAUUUCUAUAGGGGUCGAAUUUUUACAAAUAAUUGCUAUGGGUCCUGACUUCAAAAAAAUAUUUUCGCUUUUAUCUAGCUUCGCAGAUGCUAUAUCUUUGAAUUUAGCAAGUGUCAUAAAGCUUGAAAACGGUAUUUUCUGGGCAGUUUGUGACCUAGUUUUGGCAUGCUGCUUGCUGUGAAAUAGUCUAUGUGCAACAAUUUUGCUGAGACUGAAUGAAAGGUCGAAUUUUGUAAUAUUUCAGUAUCUAGAUGAGCUCGGAGACUUUUUAAUGCCAAUUUUAGGAAAUUUAUGUUUUAUUCCUUUUGUAUCAGUGCUGCUGGAUAUUUUUGUGUGUGAUGAAGCGAUUGGAAAUAACUUCACAGAAAGUUUUUUGGCAACUGACUGCUAUCAGUUUUGCUGGCAAAGAACCCAUAUAAUAUAUGUGAUUUUGGCUAUUCUUGCACUGCUCACUUAUGAACCCCUGGCUGUGUUUUGUAGGCCUUUAUGGCAAGAAUUUCAGAUUCAGCUACAUGUCAAGACUUUGCCCUUGUUUUUGAUGGUCAAAACUGUCGUUCAAGUAUCCUUAGUAGUGAUGAAUAAAACGAUUAAAAGGGCUCAAUCAACAGUUCAUGCAGUUUUAUUUGUGGCAGUGCUUAUAUGCUAUGUGAUAUUUGUGCAUAAAUAUAAACCUUACAAUUAUCAAAGAUACAGUUGGUGAGAGUUUAUAAGUCUAAUAGCAGUUAUUUGACUUUCAAUACUAGCCACUAUAAAUGCAGAAAUUAAUGGUUCCUCCUACGGAUGAAUUAUGACUCUUCUUGCUGGAUGGCUAGCCAUUGGAGCUUAUGGUUUCUUAAUCAUGAGGAAAAAGUACCCAAGCCUUCUUUUUAAGGCUAAAGGGCAUGAUACAAGCGCUUUAUUUCAAUUCGCAUUUUCGUUUCGAAAAUCAACAUCAAAAAUCAGCGGGAAAAGUUUGAAUUUGCAAUCCUCAUCAAGGAUUUCGCCAGGCAUUGAAAUCUAUUAA